UAAGACCAAGCAACCCAAAGUCUACUCCCCCUUAUUCCUUUUUUUAAGCUUCUCUCUUCCCCCACUAUCUAUAUUCUUUACAAACCCUUAUUCCCCUUUAGCUUAGGUUUGCUUUUGCUUCCAUUUUUUUCCUUAACUUCAACCUAAUUUCCAUCUCAAGGUAGAAUUGAAGUUAAAAGAAUCUCUCUAUGGAUCAAAUGAACCAUUCACUUCCUCCACCUUUCCACACUAGAGACUUCAACUUACAUCAAUUCCAUCAAAACUCAGAAGAUGAACAAAGUGGGACAAGUGGUCUCAACAUGUCUGGUCAGAAGAGAGAUCGCGAUGACAACAACAACAAUAAUGAAAAUUCAAACGGUGGAGAAUCGAAAGAUGGAUUAGGAAAUUCAGGAGAAGGAGAGAUGAGUAGAAGACCUAGAGGAAGACCAUCUGGAUCCAAGAACAAACCUAAACCACCAAUUAUCAUAACUAGAGAUAGUGCAAAUGCUCUUAGAACUCAUGUUAUGGAAAUUGCUGAUGGUUGUGAUAUUAUGGAAAGUAUAUCAAAUUUUGCAAGGAGAAGACAAAGAGGGGUUUGUAUUAUGAGUGGAACUGGUAUUGUUACUAAUGUUAAUUUAAGACAACCAGCUUCACCAGGUGCAAUUGUAACAUUACAUGGUAGAUUUGAGAUAUUAUCCUUAGCCGGAUCGUUUUUACCACCACCAGCACCACCAACAACGUCAGGGUUGACUAUAUAUUUAGCAGGCGGACAAGGUCAAGUUGUUGGUGGUAGUGUUGUAGGUGCACUUAUGGCAUCUGGACCAGUUGUCAUUAUGUCCGCGUCGUUUAGUAAUGCUGCUUAUGAAAGACUUCCUUUGGAAGAGGAUGAUCAAAAUCAUCCUCUUCCAGUUGUUCCAGGAGGAGGAUCACUGGGAUCUCCUCCUGGAAAUAUCGGGGGUCAAGGAGGACAACAACAACAAAUGAUGGCGGACCCAUCUUUAUUUCAUGGGAUGCCACCUAAUCUUCUAAACUCCAUUCAGUUGCCUUCCGAACCCUAUUGGGCAACCGGAAGACCUCCAUUCUAAUGCAAGAUAUAAAAUUGGAACGAUACAGAGAAAAUUGACAAG